AGGCAGUUGUAUGGAAAAUGAGAAAUGUUGCCGUUGUUUUAGUUCCCCUGUGUUUCGGACUUGCUUCCGGAUUUAUUGUUCCCUCUGGCAUACAAGAGAUCAUAACUGAUUUGAAAGUCAGCGUAAAUUCUGUGCACAGCAGUGCUAGAAAGACAAGAAAUAUUCUAAGUGCAGGCACAUCCACCAUACCUAGUCCCACUGAAAAAGCUGUUAAUGGUUCUCUUAAUACAGAUUUAUAUGAACAUAGUCAGACAAAGGAGUCAGAUGUGAAAGAGAGAGCAUAUAUUUACAUAAAGCAAAACGGUAGCAAGUCCAUACGGAAUCGUCUUUAUGACUCACCUAUUCCUCAGAACAGUAACGCUCACAAAUCUUACUUGUUUAAUAUAAAAGUUUUUGAAGAGCUUCCUAGACAAUUCUGGAUUGGGUACAUGAGUCAACAAACAAAUACAGAACCAAAUAAACUUCAAUGCCAUACAAUGGAAAAUAAAAACCAGAAAAAGUUUGACACAAUUUUUUUAGAUCCUAUGAAAGCACCUCUAUUGAGACCUGGAUGUAAAAGCAAUAAAAGAUUAGAUCAAGACCAAUUCAAAUAUGUAACUGCAGAUCUCGAUUCAUUUGUGUUAAAUCCAUCCGAAAUUAGAAGUUUAAAACCAGAUCUAUCUAAAAAUAUUGGAAAUAUAAAAGGGAAGGUGCGUGAAGAAGUGGUUUCUUUAGAUAAAAUUGGACAGAAAAAUUACCUUAGUAAUGAUAAAUCACUAUUGGAUGAGUUAAUAAAACAGAAAUUAAAUGAACAUGGUAGUUUAUUUGGGUGUCGCGAUUGUUCGAAUGCUUUGAGCACAGUGAAGAAAAAUAAAUUGAGUAAUCGCAUUCUCUUGGAGGCGAUUCGUAAAUGUGGUAGCAAUUUGUUGCCACGGGAAGUUGAAAAGAGUAAACAAUGAUCAUGAUU